CGCUAAACGUCUCUCGUCCCAUGUUUGUGCUGUUCCUACUACCCGCCCACACUGCAUCCUCGUGCCAAUUGACCCAUCGCCGUCUGACUACAUUACUGUAUCUGCACCCUCAGCAGCAGAAUGUCGUCGCCCUGCGCUCCUCGCACCAUGCUCCAGGAGCCCACGCCCGAGCUGCUGCUGUCGUCACCGCCCACGGCCAGCAGGAAGCUCAGGCGGCCGCCCCCCAUCACGCCCAACCGCUUCACCCGCUUCUUCACCCCGCGCAACUCGGGCCGUGGCUCUGCGCGGACGGCCGUGUCCAGCUCCAGUCGCCAGCUGCAGGACAUCACACGGGCCGCCGUCAACCGCAGCACCGCACACGGCACCACGCCCCGCAAGACGGUCAACUUCGCCGACGUCGAGAAUGACAUGCACACCCCGCAGACGGCGACGCGCAAGAGGCGGAAUCUGUACAUGUCGCCCGAGAGCUCGCCCGCCCAGUCAUCGCCCUCGAAGCGCUCGAGGUACCUGACGCCAGAGGUGCUUGAUGAGCUGGAGGAUCCUGAGCCCCCCGUCUUCCCUGCGCCCAUCCGCCGGCUGCAGAGUUUGGGGGGGACAUCGCGGAGGCUGCAGCGCUCGUUUGGCGGCUUGCUGAGUGUGGGCCGUGGAUUUGCCCGUGACCAUUGCACGUCAUGGCAGGACCAGACUGCCAACUUCUACAGCGGCGCCGAGGACCUGCACCAGCUGCCGCAGAAUGCACCCCCGUUCUGCACGGCCAGCUGCAACACAAACUCCCUCCUCGCUAUCGGCGAUGAAGACGGAUACAUCCACCUGGUCGACUCGGAAGGCGACUUCUCCAAAGCCCACGUCUCAUGGCGCGCCCACUCGAACGCCGUCAUGGAUGUCCAGUUCUCGUCCGACGACACCUACCUCGCUGCCGGCUCAGGUGACCAGACGGCCCAGAUCGUCGACGUCCGCACGCAGCAAACCCUGAGUGUGCUUGCAAAGCAUAAAUCUUCCGUCAAGCAAGUCCGCUUCCAGCCCGGCGACGACAAGAUAGUAGCAACAUCGAGCCGCGACGGCGCCGUGCAGAUCUGGGACCUACGCUGCAGCGGCGGCCACAUGUCCGUCCACUCAGCCUGGGGCUCCGACGCGCCCUACGCCAGCGUAAUCCGCACACUCGCCUCCGCCCACGCCGACAAUGCAUCCUCCACCACCACCACAAAGAGCCUAUCCACCGGCAAAACCGAGACGGUCAACCGCCGAAACGACGUCUCCGUCACAGCCCUCUCCUUCCUCCCAGACGGCCGCCAGCACCUCCUCAUGACCGCCUCCGACGCCUCAACCUGCGUCAAGCUCUGGGACAUUCGCGGCCGCUACUCCCUCCGCGGCCCGGCAAUCCCCCUCGCUACAACACGCCACCCAGACUCCCACAACAGACACCGCCACUUCGCUAUCAACUCGCUUACCCUAAACGCUUCCGCAUCCCGUCUCUACGCCCUCAGUAAGGAUAACACGGUAUACGCUUACUCUACCUCCCACCUCAUCCUCGGCGUCGCUCCGGAGUUGGCUACAAAUACGACGCAGAUGUCGACGGCGACGCAUAAACAGAAAUUCGCCCAGGAUGGUCUGGGCCCGAUGUACGGAUUCCGCCACCCGUCUUUCCACGCAGGGAGCUUCUACGUCAAAGCCGCGCUGCGCAAACCCUCACCCCUCCACCCCGAACUCCUCGCCGUAGGCAGCACAGAUGGCUGUCCCGUGCUCUUCCCCACGGAUGAAACUUUCCUGCGCCGUGAGCAUCAGCCUGCACGUGACGAAUACGAACUCCCUGUGCUGCGCAGCUUUUCCUCCGCUAACGCGCGCGUGCUGGAUAGUAUACCGAUUUAUGAACAUGGCACGCCGCUUGUGCGCGGGCAUGAUGCGGAGGUUACUAGUGUGUCGUGGGCGCGGAGCGGGUGUUUGGUUAGUGUUGGGGAUGAUUAUAGGGUGAGGAGGUGGGGGGAGGGGAUGGGGGGUGAGGCGAGGGAGUUGAGGGUUGGCGGGGAGGGAGGGGGGAGGCGGUGGAUGUGUGGGUGGGCUGAGAUUGGUGGGGUGGGGGGAUGA